UUUUCCCCCCCUUCAGCACUGCGAUCAACCUGGACCAAGGUACCCGUGUACGGAGUACGAGGACCAGGUACUUGCCCGCGAGUGUCUUUCAAGCACAAAAUAGCCGAGAAGAUACCUGGGACUUCGUACCCGCAAUCCCAUCACCACCCGGUCCAUGCUGGCCCAUCCCAUCUCGUCCCCUCCCUCCCUGACGGUCGACCUGAGCCCUCACCAGUGACCACACACUCCUCCUGGACUCCUCCCUCUCCUCUUGGUCUUUCUGCUGCCACCCCCGUCCGUCCUUCCUGAUCAACCCCCCCGGUCUCUCGUCCCUCGUCCCUUGUCGUGUGUUUCCAUCAAUCAAUCAAUCUCCCAUCCUUCGCUGCCUCGUCCAUCCACAUUCCUUCUUGCGUCCCCUUCCAUUCCUUUACACCACCCUCGCUUUUUUCUCUCUUCCCUUCCCUUCCCUUUUACUCCUCACGCUCGCUCUCCUCUUGUCGCCCCCACCUCUCUCCCGACCUCGUCUCUUCGACAGUCGAAUUUCGACAUCCUCUCGCCUCCGUCAAGAAUUCAUCCGGCGACGUCGAACCUCCUCUCCUCCGAUUCUCAACCUGCGCCUCCUCACGCCGUGAAAGGGGUUCUUUUUUGCCGUCGAGCCGAUCUAACCGCCCCCCUUAUGUGCUUUGGACGCAUUUGAAGAUCGUCGUCGAGGUUCCGCGCCGACAACCUGCCAGUUUCCCCAUGCAUUCGACAACGGGAACUGCCAUAAUCUCAGCCGACGUGACGGAUCAAUAGACGUCCUCGCCCAAUUCAAUCCGACGAUAUCUCGUCGAGUCACUCAUUUCACACACCCAAAAACCCAAACGCCAUCACGCUCAUUGACAAUUCCUUGUCAAGUACAUUCGUUCUAUAACACCCUGACAACGUGAGUUGCCAAGCAGUCUUGCGAGCAUCGAAGCACUUACUAACACGGAAUGGAGACCCCAUCUACUAAACACCAAUAUUGGUACCAUUACAAUCGCUAAAGACCUUGAAUUGAAUAUACGAUAAUCGGGAAACGAAACCAUGCACGCCAAGACUGCUCUUCUGGCCGCCGCCCUCGGCCUGGCCUCUACUGCCUGCGCCGAACAGGAACGACCCAAGAUUUACUUUCCGCGUCACGUUAAACGACAGUUUGUGAACUCGACGAGUACGAGACAGGAGACGUUCCCCCCGGCGCCCGAGAGCACCACCUUCCAGUCCACCGCGUCGGCCUCCAUCAGCUCGACAUUUGGUGACAUCCUCACCAGCCUUUCGGACUCUCUCUUUGGCUCGUCGUCGACCAUUCCCACGCCGUUGCCGACGUCCACAAUCUCCUCGGCCCCCGAAUCCGCACCCCCGACGACAAUCUCCACCACAGUCUCGACCCUACCCGAUGGAAGAGUAACGACCGUCAUUAUUUCGAGUACCGUCAUCUUCGACCCGACAGAGACGACCGAGACGACAAGCUCCGCCGUGCCCACAUCUACUCUCCCCCCGGUUACCGUUCUGCCGACGACCAGCGAAACCUCGACGGUUUCCAGCGAAGCCGCCUCCACCUCGCAGGCUGCCGCGACCACCCAGCCCACAUCGACGACCCCCGAGACCACCACUGCCGCCGUUCAGUCGAGCGCUGCUGCGACCUCUUCCGAGGCUGUUCAAUCCUCCGCGGCCGCGACUACCGCUGUCGAGUCCGUUCAGACGUCCGCUGCUGCCAGCACCUCCGAGGCCGCCACCACUUCCGAGGCUGCCCAGUCUUCUGCUGCUGCGACCACCUCUGAAGCCGCUCAGUCAUCUGCGCAGGCUUCCACCACCGAGGCCGUUCAAUCCUCGGCAGCUGCCACUUCUGCCCAGGCAACCACUACCGCCGAGGCGUCGUCUGUCGUGCCUACCACCGAGGCCGUCCCUAGCUCCGCCGCUCCCACCAACGUCGAGGUCACCAACUCGACCGCCGAGGCCGUUUCUUCGACGCAAGCUGCUACGACCGAGGCUACCACGGCCGCAUCCUCAUCUGGUAUCCUCCUGGCUCCCACCGGCGUCGUGUCCGAGACCACCAGCACCCAGGCUACCACCUCUGCCGAGCAAGCUCAGCGUUCCUCGGUGGCUGCGAACCCCGAGACUACCAGCGCGGUUCCCAACGUCAACGCUACCGAGCCCGUCGUUUCGUCAUCCCAGAGCUCCGUCGUCCUUCCCGUUGAGACCACCACUUCUGCCGCCGUUCAGGUGACCUCUGGUGCCUCCACCGAGACCACAUCUGCCGCCGUCUCCGAGAGCAGCAAGCCCACCAACCCGUUGGACCCCAUUGUCUCCUUCGUUUCCAGCCAGGUUGCCGUUCCCACGAACCUCACCGAGCCUAUUGCCAACGCGACGUCGUCCGAGGUCCCUGUUGCCUCGACGUCCGAUGUUGUCAUCCCGACGCCGACCGCGCUCCCGGCCCCCACGGACCCGACCUCGACUAGACUGCCCAUCCCGACUGAGCCUGUUGCCAACGUCACCUCCUCCGUCGAUGCCUCUGCUGUGCCCACCACAUCGCUCCCUGCACCCACUGAGCCCGUCGCGAACGCCACGACCUCUGUUGAGAUCUCUACCGAGCCCACCAGCAGCAGCCUCCCCGUUGUGAGCAGCGAGCCCGUCGUCAACAUCACCUCCUCCACCGAGGUCCCCGUGUCUGUCUCCACGACCGCUCUGCCCGCUUCCGAUGUUGUCAACGCCACCUCCACCGAGGUCCCCGCCGGACAGACUACCACCAGCGCUCCGGUCACCAUUACUGACAGCACUGCCAUCUCUGUGCCGACGACCACGGCUACCGGCUCUGUCGAGAUCCCCGUGAACACCACCUCAACUGAGACCUUCCCGACUACCACGCAGCUCCCGACCUUGUCUCAACUGCCUACGGCUUCCACCACCAUCAGCAACUCGACUCAGACGGACAGCUUGACUGUGGCCCCCACGGUUACACCUACCUCCCUCUCGUCAACCUCCGUCGCCAACGAGACCGCCACGGCCACCAACGUCGUCCCUACCACUACCGAGUCUCUCUCUACUGAGCCUGCCGCGACCACCACUCUUCCCGUGAACACCACUGUUCUCUCGGAGACGUUGAUCGAGACCACGCCUACUGUCACUGUGCCGCCGCCUACGACGACUCCCAUCAUCACGAGCAUCCCCGCCACGGCCACCAUCACUGACUCGGAGUCUUGGUUGCCCAGCACCAUCAUCGUCGAGCAGUCCACUUCGCUCAGCACGCCCACAGAGGCCCUUGCCCCGACGUCGACCAUUCCCUUGCCUUCUGACCUUCCCAAGGUCAUUAGCGGCCCGGACCCGAACGUCGAGCAGCCCAAGGAUACCAUUCUCCUCCAGAUUGGUUUCCUGCACGGUGAGAACUACCAGCACGUCAGCAAGAACCCCAACGCUGCUGCUCAGAUCUUCACGUGUCUGCCCAAGGCUUUGGCCGAUGCUGCUGGUCUGGACAUCAGCCAGAUCCAGAUGACCAAGCUCGUCCCCUACGACACGUCCCAGACUCUCGGCUACAUCACCACGCUCGCUAAGUUCUACUACCCCAAGAGCAUGGUCGACACCCUGCGCAUGGACAUCAAGAUUCCCAACUCGGCCAUCUACAACAACCCCGAUCAGCUCGUCUACAACCUCACUCAGAACAUCAACCCUGCCAUUGAGAUCAUUCCUGGCCAAGAGGAUGACGGCACUUCCACGGGCGGAGACGGAUCGUCGUCUACCUCCACCCCCAACAACCCCAAUGACCCCUUCGGCACCGGUAACGACGGCUCCAACCAGUCUCCCAUCCAAAAGGGUACUGCCGCCGCCAUCGGUAUCGGAGCUGUGGGUGUUGCUGCUGCGUACGGUGCUGCCAUGUUCAUUAUCGCCCGCCGCUACAAGCAGAAGAAGCAGGCCCACCGCCGCGCCAGCUCCCUCACCUCAUCCGAGAUGCGCUACACUGGUGCCGGCAGCCCGCCCAUGAUGGGCGGUGCCCUGAUGAGCCAGGACUUCUCCAACUACGGAGCCGCCGGUGGCCGCGAAAGCCACGGCAGCGGUCGUACGAGGGGAAGCGGUCCCGGCAACUCUGCCAGGACGGCCUACAUCUCGGCCCCCGUUGCCGCUGAGAACUCUCUCGGCUGGAACUGAUUGACGACAUAGACGCCAUUUCCAUAUCUGUCACCAUUUUACGCUUCGAUACCCUUCUGGAGGAUCCUGUUUGAACAAGAUGCUAGGCGGUUGCCCGGUAUCCACCGACGGCAUUUAGAGAGGGCACGCCCCUCGGCCACGAGCCCCAUCUGCUCGAGAGAUUUCUUUCUUUUUUUGUCAUUUUGUCUACAAAUACCCUUCUACCGCGAGUCGAUCCAUGUAGGUCGGCUCGUCGGCACCCUAUUACCAAACGCACUCGGCGCCGCCGUGUAUCCUGCCCCGUCGCGGGCGGACACGGCCGGUGCGGGUCCAUUUUUAUUUUUAUUUUUUAAUAUCUUGUAUCUGUGUUGAGGAUCUAUACAUGGGGCGAAGAGCUGGAUGGUGGGAAGCAUCACAAUCGCGUCUUUUCACGACAUGCGAGGAGUUGGAAAGUGGCUGGGAAAAAACGGCGAUACCCUGGGGGAAAGGAAUAUAGGCCGGGCUUCCUUGUAUAUUUUUGCAGUCUGAGGCGUGGCCUCUUCACCUCGGUCCUUUUUUCUUCCCCCGGCCUGUCAAGCUGAGAUGCCCGUGUGCGUUCGCGCAAGGACGUUUUCAGACAAGGGGUCCCCCUUUUUGCCUGCAAUGUCGCAGAUACAGCGAAUAGAGUAAGAACAAGAGAACGAGAGAACAAAAAAAAAACAAUAUUAAAAUCACUGCGUCCGAGGGUCCAGCGUGGUAAUGUGUGCCGACCUGCGCAGGCUGUAAAUAGAUACCUAGUCAUUAGUCGGUCAUCGUAUAUAUCCGUUUGCAG